UGCAUGCACAGGAAAAUGAAAGCCAGCUAAUCGAGGCUUGCAGAGGAUUCUCAGACUUCAUGUUGAUGUGUGUGUCCUAUAGUGUCAUGUGGUCCUCACCUUGAUAUGCCUACAGAUGAUGGGAGCUUGUGUUCCCACCACUACCCUCCCCAUAUCUGUCUUGGAGUCCUAAUAAAUGGCUGCAUGUUUGUGAACUUACCAUAUUCCCGCACGCUUGAGUGAAGAGCUCAGAAGGUCAUGGCUUCCAGCUUCUCAGAGCUGAGUCUCCAGCAGAGGAAACAGAAAUGACUGUCGGGGGUCUUGCUCCAGGUCUGUUACGGAGACUGAGCCUUCGCACGGUGCGAGCUUGCUCAGGACAGGAGAGUCUCUCUCUUUGAAGGGCUUUACGUUCGUUACAAAGAAAAUAAAGAUGACGACUUCGUCAAUCAGACGGCAAAUGAAAAACAUUGUGAACAAUUACUCAGAAGCCGAAAUAAAAGUGCGGGAAGCCACCUCCAAUGACCCCUGGGGCCCGUCCAGCUCCCUGAUGACCGAGAUCGCGGACCUGACCUACAAUGUGGUGGCCUUCUCGGAGAUCAUGAGCAUGGUGUGGAAGCGGCUCAAUGACCACGGCAAGAACUGGCGGCACGUGUACAAGGCCCUGACGCUGCUGGACUACCUCAUCAAGACGGGCUCUGAGCGGGUGGCCCAGCAGUGCCGAGAGAACAUCUUUGCCAUCCAGACGCUGAAGGACUUCCAGUACAUUGACCGCGACGGCAAGGACCAGGGCAUCAACGUGCGUGAGAAGUCGAAGCAGCUGGUGGCCCUCCUCAAGGACGAGGAGCGGCUGAAGGCUGAGAGGGUCCAGGCCCUCAAAACCAAAGAGCGCAUGGCCCAGGUUGCCACCGGUAUGAGCAGCAACCAGAUCACCUUUGGUCGCGGCUCCAGCCAGCCCAACCUCUCUACCACCUACUCGGAGCAGGAGUAUGGCAAGGCUGGGGGAUCACCAGCCUCCUAUCAUGGCUCGCCCGAGACCUCGCUGUGCCCCCAGCACCGCACGGGGGUCCCGCUGGGUCAGAGCGAGGAGCUGCAGCCGCUGAGCCAGCAUCACCCCUUCCUGUCGCACCUGGGGCCGGCCUCCCACCCAAAUGGUGACUGGUCCCAGCCCUGCCUCACUUGUGACCGCGCAGGCCGAGCCACUUCCCCUCGGGUGUCCUCUGAGCUGGAGCAGGCCCGGCCCCAGACUAGCGGAGAAGAGGAACUACAGCUGCAGCUGGCGCUUGCCAUGAGCAGAGAAGUAGCUGAGCAGGAAGAGCGCCUCCGGCGGGGUGAUGAUCUCAGACUGCAGAUGGCCCUGGAAGAAAGCCGGAGAGACACCGUUAAAGUUCCAAAAAAGCAGGAGCCCAGCUCCUACCCACAGCAAACCACUCUGUUGGAUUUAAUGGAUGCCCUCCCCAGCUCAGGCCCUGCUGCCCAGCAAGCUGAGCCCUGGGGCCCGUCAGCCUCAGCUAACCAGACCAACCCCUGGGGUGGGCCCGCAGCCCCAGCCAGCACUUCGAAUCCCUGGCCAUGCGGUAACGAUCCCUCGUCUGUCUCUCCUGCAUGCUUGUGGAAUGGGGCCGCCUCUGGGGCCUUCGAUCUCUUCAGUAAUUUGAAUGGGACAAUUAAAGAUGACUUUUCUGAAUUUGACAACCUCCGAACGUCAAAAAACACAGCUGAGGCGGUGGCCUCUCUGCCAUCCCAAAAAAGUGGAACUACAAGCCCUGACCCCUUUGAGUCUCAGCCCCUGACUGUGACCGCGAGCAAGCCCAGCAGCGCCCGGAAAACCCCAGAGUCCUUCCUGGGCCCCAACGCGGCCCUGGUGAACCUGGACUCCCUGGUGACCAGGCCAGCCCCGCCGGCCCAGUCCCUCAACCCUUUCCUGGCACCAGGUGCAGCUGCGGCUUCGGGCCCUGUCAACCCAUUCCAGGUGAACCAGCCCCAGCCGCUGACGCUGAACCAGCUGCGGGGGAGCCCCGUGCUGGGGACCAGCGUGUCCUUCGGGCCUGGCCCAAGUGUGGAGCCCAUGGCUGUGGCCUCCAUGACCUCCACAGCCUCACACCCAGCUCUAGGGGCCAGCAGUUCCUCCCUGGCGCCAUUGGGCCCUGCCACAAUGAACAUGGUGGGCAGCGUGGGCAUCCCCCCAACGGCAGCUCAGGCUACUGGCACAACCAACCCUUUCCUUCUCUAGUGCCCAGGCCUGGGACCCACCCAGAGCAAAUGCCCGAGCGCCUGUGCCCAGGACGCCAGCCGAGACUCACUGCGGAGCCGUGUCAGGGCCGGGGGUCGGUGCCAAAGGGUCGUCUGUACAGCCCCGUCCUCAGGCGUGAGCAGGCGGCGUGCUGAGCCUCAGAUCACCUUCUGGCGCCUGCUCACCCUGACCCAGCCCGGGCACCCUCACCUCCCAAGUGCAGGGUCCUGACUCUUGGGGGCCGCCCGGCUCUGCGGGGCCUGGUCAGGGGGCAGCAGUCCUCAGUGUUGCCCUUGCGUUAGCCUCAGCCUGAGGGUCUCGGGGACACAGCCUCGCCCAGGACCUGGGACGGCCGCCUUGUCUUUGCCCUUCGCCCCAGCCCUGCCGGCCCAGGUGUGGUUGGAAGGAAGUGCUGGCUCCAUGAGACACGGACCUUUAGGGGAAGUGGUUGUGCAUCUUUUUCUUUGACUCGGGUGUGAGUUCAAAGUAAACACCACCUGGGACGACUCGCGUGCAGGCCACUAGAGCGAGCUUUAAACUAACCUGAGCAUAACCCUCCACGCGGCUCGAGGCUUGUGUAUGUUUGCACACGUUUUGUUUAGUACAGUUUCAUAUUUGAGUUUGCAGAAUUAUCUAACAGUCUUUUUUGGCUAAUAUUUUUAUAACGUGGUUCUUAUUUAACUGUCUAGUUUUGAUAGAAUUUACCGAGUCUGACUGAAUUAAGAUAUUGGCACAUGUUAUGUUAGUAGUUUAAAUUCUCUUAUUUAUGGUUUUAACUCUAUAAGAAAAUUUAAAUAGGAAGAGACAAAAAAAAUGCCUUAUGGAAAACUAAAGUAAAUUCUUUAUAGAAAAAAAAUUUGAGAGUUUGAUUACACUUAAAAGAUGUUUAUUUAAAAAAACACUACAACAACAAAAAAACUCUAGCCUCCAGUUGCCUUUUCCUUUAAUUCCCUUUUUUGGUGAAUUACCAAACUGAUUAACUUUCAGCCUUUUUGGCUAGAUGCUAAGAAAGAACUAUUUUUCUUACUGAUACACCAGCAUCAAGAAAGUUAAAGAAAAAAUCUCAAGUUUGAAUGUGACUCCCAGUGUUUAUCAGCUGAUUCCUUUUUGUAACUGAGGGCGUGCAUGUUAGCGGGACUUCCGCUCCCAGUGGGAAUGUGAGAUGGAAGAGACAUCUGGGACCACUUGUCUGUGAUCUCCUGUCUGAUACUCGCUCAGGUGAAGACGGGGGGCGGGGGGAGGCAGAGAUGGCCGUUGGUUGGGGGCAGUGGCUCCCCGGAGCUUGUGGCUGAGACGGGGCGGGCGAGGGACCAGGGCUGGCCCUGACUCUGCUAACUCCAGACACACAGCACAGACUUAAAAUCCAUCAUCUCUUAUUUUGGAGAAGAAAACAGUGAUCCUCACCCAGGAUAGGUAUUUAACAAACACGCCCGUGUAUUACCUCCUCUCCCCUCCUGCCCCUCGCCCAGCCACCACUAUAAGAAGUAUUAGGUCAUAAACUAAGGCCCAGAAAAGAUCGGCCUUUCCCUAGGGAAGGGGCGUUCUCCUCACAUCCCACCGUGGGUGCCCUAGGCCUGGCCCCAGGGCAGCAGGCCCCCGUGGGCCCUCUGAGCCGGGUGGGCCCUGCCCGGCUGUGGGAGGCAUGCAGGCCGCGCCGACUGCCUCUGGGCCCCUCGCGUUUCCUGCUUCCUACUCACAGGGCUGCUCCCAGAGGCUCCUGGGGCUUCAGGCUGGGCCUGGGGAGGGGAGAGGCGGUGGACUGGGGCAGGUGCUUCCCCAGGUGCGGCCUGGCCACCUCCCAGUGCCCCCAGCACGUUGAUGCCCCUGCAGUACGGCCCCAGGCCACCCGGACGCCUGCACUGAUCAUGCCACUGCCAGCCACUGCACACGAGCUGCACACAGGCCCUCGCUCCCUCCUGAGGCUCCGGUUGGGGUCACCCCGUUUCCUCAGCCCCAGGGGCCGGUAGCUGGUUUUGAACUUGUGUCACUAUUGAUACUUAUUUACUGUAUAAAUAUAAUUUAUCAUUUGUAUCAUGA